AUGAUGAGCAGAAAAGUACCGGGGUCAGGACAGCUGAGUGCGACUGCGGGCAUCGACCGCGGCAGGGUUGGAGAGAGGCUGCAUGCGGCACUUGCAGGACUGCAAGAAUUGCAUUUUCUCAGGGAAAAACAGAGCAGCAUGGUGCACUGGGCACUGCGAAUGGACAGGGACGAGCCGGUGUGCUCCGACCGAGUAAGUGCGGCUGAACUCGGCAUGAGUACAGAGGAACAGCGGCUGGAGGCGACUCUGACAGCCCUCAAACAACAGCUGACACGUCUACGCAGACAAGACAUAGGGCUGAAGACUCACCUGCAGCAGCUGGAUCUACAGAUCAGUGAACUAAAACUGGAUGUCUGCAAGGCUUCUACUGAACAUCUGGAAAGUGAUAGCAGACCCAGCUCAGGAUUCUAUGAACUGAGUGAUGCAGGCUCUGGUUCGCUCUCUAACUCCUGUACAUCUGUAUACAGUGAGUGCCUCUCCUCCUCCUCCCAAACCAGUCUGUUCCUACCCCCUUACCCCUCCUGUCUCCCAGUGAACCACACCCGCAGCCCCCCCAGACAGGCUGACGUGUGUCGCCGUCGUUCAGCUGAUGAGAACACCGCUCAGUCGGACCAUCCCCGAGGUCUGGGCAUCCGACUGUGCAGCAGCAGGACGCAGGCUGGAACCUCCAACUCUGAAAGGGCUAGGCAGAGACCAGUCAGCACUGGUGAUCUUGACAGCGUGUUGCCUCCCAUAUUUGGGUGUUUCAAGUCCAAGGAUGUGAAGACUUCUACCCUUACCAGCAAUCUUAGAGAUCCGUCAGUGGACCCCAAAUACCAGAGCUCAUUGGUGUCUCGUGGCGGUACAGAGGUUUAUCACUACCCCAGCCCCCUCCAUGCAGUAGCUCUCCAAAGCCCCAUCUUCACCCUCAGUGGGGAAGCAAUGGAUCCAGUCACUGUUGAAACCCAACACCAACAAGAAUCCACAGCUGGUCACUGUACCCCCUGCCCUAAAUAUGAGCCUAACCAAACCAUGCCUGCAUGCUACAUAAACAAGCUUCUCCAACGCAGUGCCAGCAAGACCAGUCUUCAGAUGGAAAGUUCCAGAGACAGGGCCCAGCCUUCAACUUGCUUAUCCCGGAGCACUCACCCUCCCUUGGGCAGGGUCACGGGUAUGGACUUUGGGAAGAUGAAUGUAGCUCCAGGUCAAGGUCCUGUCCCCCCCAGGGCAGGAUUAGUGGUCACACAACCUGACACUGGAAGAAGACCACCCACAGUGGCUUGCUGCCCAGAACAAACAACCUUUAUCAGCACCAGUUUGCUGGAGGAUCCUUCACCAACAUACCAUACCUCAAACUCCACGGCAGGGAGAGAACACAACUCCGUAAGAGCGAUGGAGAACUUUGGGGGAGGUGUAGAGGUGAAGGAGAAAGAGAGGCAGAGUGUUCAGGCGACCCAGAGGGGUGGAGAAGAGUUUGAGGAAUUAGCAUCAUCUCCAAAGCCCCAGGAGAAAGGACCAAGUCAGGGGUACACUUCUGAGGAGGGCAGGGUAAAGAAGGGGUGUAACCCUCAACCACAGCAAAUAGAAUUUGUGCAUGCUCAGUUUGUUCCUGCAGGAUCUCAGCAGGUGAAGGUUCAACAGGCAGACCGUCGGACGAAGGCAGUGAAGCUAAAGAGACGAAGCUGUGAGAAACCUUCAGGGAAGACAAGUCACGUGAAGCAGUCAUUAAAACAGAAAGAGAGAGAGUUUACAAGUAAGUCCCGUGGGGAGAGAGACAUAAAGCUGUCCAGCUCAGGUAGAGUGAGAGCAAGAAUGACGAACGGUUUUGAGAACAAGAAAGGACAUUCUCAUUCAGAGUCAAGUCUAUAUUCACCCCUUCAUCCUUCCAAUACCUGCAUGCAACCACAGUCACAACGGAACCAGAGCUCCCGCUGCACCACCUCCCGCCGGGCCCAGUACCCCGACCCAGACUACAGUACAAAACUCAUGGAACAGGGACGGAAAAAGCACAGCUCCCGAAAAUGGGCCUCCACCUCUGAAAUCCUGCUACCUCCAACUGCUUCGACUCACUGCCUGAAACCAAAGGAGGCACCUGUCCUUCGUCGGCCAGGUAUGGCGCGAAAUGCUAAUGUGAGACCUCGCUCCAGCCAAUGGGGAGGCAGUAGCUUCCCCAUGCCACGCCCUCUCCUCCAGCCUUCCAUUUCCUCUUCCUUGUAUUUCUCCGAUCUGAAUGUCCGUUACCCUGCAGCUCCACUGUCUCGUUAUCCACCCCGUGCCGAGUCAGAAUUCUCGGAAUACUCGGCUGAGUGCGCGUCUCUCUUCCACUCCACUAUAGCUGAGAGCAGCGAGGGAGAGAUGAGCGAUUAUACUACCAACCGUUUUGGUGACAGUGAGUCAAGCCAGGAUUCCCAGACACUCUCUGACUCAGACAGCAGCCUCUCCCUGGGGGAGGAGGAAGAGUAUGUUGAAGACGAGGAAGGGGGGCUGGUUUGGGCUGAAGCUACUCUGGGACCCACCGCGGCCGGCCUGCCUUUGCAGACACACCCUCGUAUAGAGUCGUCCGCAUGCCGCAUAAAAGCCUCCCGUGCCCUGAAGAAAAAGAUCAGGAGGUUUCAGCCAGACACCCUAAAGGUCAUGACCUUGGUGUAA